AUGGCUACCGCCGCCGCAACAACAGCCAAAACUAACCCUUCCUCUCCGCCUCCUCUAGCGAAGUCACCAGAUGCUACUAUAAACCGUAUUGUGGACGAUAUAUCAACGCUGACAUUGCUGCAAGCCGCAGACCUUGUAUCUCUCUUAAAAUCUAGACUUAAUAUUCAAGAAAUUACCAUGCCCGCUUCCGCGGUUCCUGCUGCUGCUGCUGCUGCCCCAGCGGAUGAACCUGCUGUUGAGGUACCGAAAGAAAAGACCGUCUUCAACGUAAAAUUAGAGUCAUUCGAUGCCACCUCCAAACCAAAGGUUAUCCGUGAGGUCAAGGCCAUGAACCCUACUCUUACUCUUAUCGACGCCAAGAAGUUUGUAGAAUCUUUACCUCAAAUUUUGAAGGAAAAUAUGCCCAAAGAAGAUGCGGAAAAGAUGCAAAAGGCCUUCGAAGCUCUUGGAGCAGUUGUCAAACUAGAGUAA